AUGGCUGCCCAGCCAGAAACACCCGCCGUGCACCUACUAACAACCAUGCCAGAUGAACCGCGACGCUCUGGCCGAGCCACCAAGGGCCAGCACAAGAACCUCGAACUGCCCGAUGCACCAUCAAAGAAGGGCAAAGGCAAGGCCAAGAGCGACAAGUCCAGCAAAGCUUCCGCCGAACCUACCCCCGGACCAAGUGAGGGAGACGAGGAAGAGAUCAUCCGGUGUAUUUGUGGACAAUAUGAGGAAGAGGAGGACGUGGAAAGGGACAUGAUCUGUUGCGACUCAUGCUCCGCAUGGCAACACAACGACUGUAUGGGUCUGACCUUCGCCAAAGGUCAUGAGCCAGAUAAUUACUACUGCGAACAAUGUCGCCCAGAGAACCACAAAGCCCUCUUGGAUAAAAUUGCGAAGGGUGAGAAGCCCUGGGAGGAAGUUGCUGAGCGUCGGCGCCGAGAGGCAGAGGAGAAGAAAUCCAAGCGCAAGAAGGGUGGCAAGAAGGGCGGCAAAAAGAGCAGACCUAGUGAAGCGAAGACUGAGGUCGGCACCCCAGUGCGCGGUGGCAUGUCUGCAACACCAGGCCCCACUACUUCACCUGCCCCAGCAACUUCUGCCUCAGUUGAACCUGACAAGAAUGCCAACUCGACAGACUCUCGACGCUCCAGCACCAACAAGCGCAAGUUAGAAGAGAGCACGGAGGCUGAGACUACGCAUCAAGCCAAACAACAGCGCGUUUCUUCCCAAUCUCCCGCAUCGUCGCGUCUCAAGUCCGAAUCUGGUGCGCUUGGCAGCGUAGACGAGCUUCAGAUACCCGCACGUAAGAGUGCUGCAACGGCGCUCGUCAAGCUCUUCACUGACCAGGUCAGCGCGGCCGAGAAGGCAGGCUCGGUCUCAUUGACUGGGCAAUCCACAGAAGAUAUUGCAACGCGACUUGGUCUAGCCAUCGAGAGUGCAAUUUAUCAGAACCUCUCCGGCGGGAACGGAGAACCUACCGAACCAUACAAGUUACAGCUACGGACUAUUUUAUUCAACGUCAAAAAGAAUCCGUCUCUACGUGAUCGCUUACUUUCAGGUAGCCUCACGCCUGAUGCUCUGUCCACGAUGAAGCCAGAGGAUAUGGCCAGCAAAGAGCUGCAGCAAAAGGAUGCCGAGAUCAAACGCGAAGCGGAACGACAGCAUAUCAUCGUCCAAGAGCAAGGCCCUCGCAUGCGACGCACUCACAAAGGCGACGAACUGAUUGAAGACGAAACACACAACGCCACCACAGAGUCUAUUUUCUCUGGUGCUCCCCGUCGCCUGACUACGGACCUCGAAGCCAGCCCCGGGAACCAAAGCCCUAUUACACCCAAGGUGCAGCAGGGAACUAAGCAAAAGAACGACGCACAACCAUCUACUGGUGAGCAUCAUGAUGAGGUCUUCCCUGAAGUUGCAACCAACAUCCGUGAACCAGUCCCCCAUGGACAUGUGCAGGCCGAUGCGGAUAUUGAUCAGCUACUUCGAGACGAGUCUGAAUCCCCGCCUUACUCUCCGAAAGACUUCACGGAGGACGACCUUAUCUGGCGAGGCAAACUUUCGAUGUUGCCAGUCGCAGAGUUCUCGUCUUCCGCGAAAUUUGUUGGGGGUGCAGAUCCCAGUGGGCAACACCUCUGGACACUCUUCAUGCCGCAAAUCCUGAAGAUUGACGGCCGAAUCGACCUCAAACUUGCCACAGAAUAUCUUUGCGGGCUGCGUUUCAGUCAGUCAACAGAUGUUACCAUAACAUCUAUCAACUACCCUGACACUCCUGCUCAGCAAGACGGUUUCAACAGGCUGUUUGACUACUUUGCUACGCGCAAGCGUUAUGGAGUGAUCGGGUCGCAUCCUUUCACUCCAAUCAAGGAUACAUACAUUGUUCCUAUCGAGAUUGGCACGACGAAGAUGCCGGAAUUCCUCGAACUUAUGGAAAAUAAUGCUCUUCGGGGUCCUACUACCCAGCGAACCUUCCUUGUCGUGUUCGUGUCCAAGAUCAUCCCUGAUCAGCACAUCCUCAACGCUCCUCCGGCCCCAGCUGGGUUCAACUACAUGCGUGACCUCGGAUUUCCUUCUAAAUAUCCCACAAUGGAAGCAGGCAGUCGCCGCAAGCCUUCGCCAGAAGCUUUUGAAAUCCUGGGCGACUACGUAUAUCGCCCGACGAUACAGCAACUCAUCCAGAAAAUGCCAACGAUUGAGAGAACAGAGUUGGAAGUCGUGCGGGCAGUCUUAGAUGGGCAGCCAUCCAUUGCCGACGAUUAUUCUUUGCUCUAUCCUGCGCUCCAGGAAUAUUUCAAAGAUCGCCCCCAGGACCUGCGCUUCUUCAAGAUGAUUGCCCCCGUUUGA